AUGCCUAAACGCAAGGCUGACUCCGUUCUUGAAGGCGUCCCCAAACUUCCCCGUGAUUCUUCGAUCGCGCAUCAUACUCAAGCUGAUUAUAUUGAAGUAAACAGUUUUGUGACUGCCACCCCGUGUGAUCAUUGUCUUGAUUCCGGUGUUCCCUGUAUGAUAGAUCGGUCUCGUCGCUAUUCGAAAUGUGCGUCGUGCACUCGCGCUAGCCGUGUGUGUAAGCGGGAGUUCUAUACUGGCCGCGAAUGGGAUUUGUUGCGUCGUGCCGAGGACAAACUAUCCUCCGACAUUGAAAAGAAUGAAGAUGAGCUCGACCUGUUAGAGCCCGAGCUGAGUGCUUUGCAGUCUCGCCUUACAGAGCUGUAUUAA